UUUACAUUUCUCGUGAAGAUUUCGCGCCAUGGAGCCGGGCGUCAUCCGGAAGUUGGACGAGGUGGUGGUGAACCGCAUAGCCGCCGGCGAGAUCAUCCAGAGACCCGCGAACGCCUUGAAGGAGCUGCUCGAGAACAGCUUGGACGCCCAGUCGAGUCACAUUCAAGUGCAGGUGAAGGCCGGCGGCCUGAAGCUUCUCCAGAUCCAGGACAAUGGCACAGGGAUACGGCGCGAGGAUCUGGCCAUCGUCUGCGAACGCUUCACCACCUCCAAGCUGUCCCGCUUCGAGGACCUGGCACAGAUAGCCACAUUUGGCUUUCGGGGAGAGGCGCUGGCCAGCAUCAGUCAUGUGGCCCAUUUGGGCAUCCAGACGAAGACGGCGCAGGAGAAGUGCGGCUACAAGGCCACCUAUGCGGAUGGCAAGCUGCAGGCGCAGCCGAAGCCGUGCGCCGGCAACCAGGGGACCAUCAUCUCCAUCGAGGAUUUGUUCUACAACAUGCCGCAAAGGCGGCAGGCGCUCCGUUCGCCAGCGGAGGAGUUCCAGCGGCUGUCCGACGUUCUGGCCCGGUAUGCUGUGCACAAUCCCCGCGUGGGUUUCACCCUCCGCAAGCAGGGCGAGGCACAGCCCGCCCUGCGGACUCCAGUGGCUAGUUCGCGGGCGGAAAACAUUCGCAUUAUCUACGGCGCAGCCAUUUCCAAGGAGCUACUCGAAUUUAGCCACCGGGAUGAGGUGUUCAAGUUCGAGGCGGACUGCCUGAUCACCCAGGUCAACUAUUCGGCCAAGAAGAGCCAGAUGCUGCUGUUCAUCAACCAGCGACUGGUCGAGUCGCCGGCUCUCAAGACCGCCGUGGACUCGGUGUAUGCCACCUACCUGCCGCGUGGACACCAUCCCUUUGUCUACAUGAGCCUCACGCUGCCGCCCCAGAAUCUGGACGUGAAUGUCCAUCCCACCAAGCACGAGGUGCACUUCCUCUACCAGGAUGAGAUUGUCGAGAGGCUCAAGCAGCAGGUGGAAGCCCGUCUCCUGGGCAGCAAUUCCACGAGGACAUUCUACAAACAGCUGCGGCUGCCAGGAGCUCCGGAUUUGGAUGAAACACAGUCGGCGGAUAAGACGCAGCGCAUCUAUCCCAAGGAAAUGGUGCGCACCGAUGCCAGCGAACAAAAGUUGGACAAGUUUCUGGCGCCUUUGACCAAAAGUGAUUCGGGUGUGUCCUCCACUUCCUCCCAGGAGGCUCCUCCUCCGCUGCCAGAGGAGAGUUUUCGCAUCACGGCGGCGAAGAAAUCCCGAGAAGUGCGUCUUAGCAGCGUGCUGGACAUGAGACAGCGGGUGGAGCGGCAGUGCAGCGUUCAGCUGCGCGGCACCCUCAAGAACAUGGUCUAUGUGGGCUGCGUGGACGAACGGCGAGCCCUGUUCCAGCACGAGACUCACCUAUAUCUCUGCAACACACGCCGCUUCAGUGAGGAACUCUUCUACCAGCGGCUGAUUUACGAGUUCCAAAAUUGCUCGGAGAUCACGAUAAAUCCGCCGCUGCCUCUCAAGGAGCUGCUAAUGCUGUCGCUGGACAGCGAGGCCGCCGGCUGGACGCCCGAGGAUGGGGAUAAGGAUGAACUGGCCGUCAGUGCUGCGGAAAUACUGCUGAAGAAGGCUCCCAUUAUGCGCGAGUAUUUCGGUUUGCGCAUCUCCGCGGAGGGUAAGCUGGAAUCGCUGCCCAGCUUGGUGGCCCAGUAUCGUCCUAGUGUGGCCCACUUGCCGGUUUACCUUCUCCGAUUGGCCACCGAGGUGGAUUGGGAGCAGGAGGCUGGAUGUUUUGAGACUUUCUGCAGGGAAACGGCUCGAUUUUACUCGCAAUUGGAUUGGCGGGAGGGCUCUGGAGUGGGACAUUCGAGGUGGACAAUGGAGCAUGUUCUAUUUCCAGCCUUUAAAAAGUAUCUCCUGCCGCCGCCACGUCUCAAGGAUCACAUCUACGAGCUAACUAAUCUGCCCACACUGUACAAGGUGUUCGAGAGGUGCUAGUAUUGCAUUUUUAAUAAUGUACUUCUUUUUUUGUUAAA